CGAAAACGCGAAAGUUAUUUAAAGGCGACCAUCUCGCGUUCCCCUCCUCCUUUUUCUUCAGCAUUUCGCCCACUUUUAUCAUGUUCUCAAUCCAAUUCUUCUCUCUUCUCUCAUUCCUCUUUUACGCUUCUUUCUCUUUUGUUAUCAUCUCUUCCGUGACCUCUAUCGCAAUGAAAUACAAGCAAGGCCGCCUCUCGGUGUCUGAUGCUCCCGUGAAUGACGUUGCUCCGCUGAAGGACGAUCGUAACAAAGUUCUUGUGGAUGAGGUUACUCCGCUGAAGGAUGAUAAUAAUCAAGUCGUUUUGGAUGAUGCAAUUUUUGUGGAGAAUUUCGUUUGUGAUGUAGCUGAACUUGCAAAUCCAAAAGACUCUACCGUAACCUCUAUCGCAAUGAAAUACAAGCAAGACCGCCCCUCAGUCGUCUGUGAUGCCCCCAUGAAUGACGUUGCUCCGCUGAAGGACGAUUGUAACAAAGUUCUUGUGGAUGAGGUUACUCCGCUGAAGGAUGAUAGUAAUCAAGUCGUUUUGGAUGAUGCAAUUUUUGUGGAGAAUUUCGUUUGUGAUGUAGCUGAACUUGCAAAUCCAAACGACUCCACCGUAACGCAAGAACCGCUGUGUGUUGAACAGCCAAUCAACGACACUUAUGCUCCUCUGAAUGAUAUUGUUAUCGAGGACGCAGAUCGUGUCGCGUUCGAAGAUCUCUUAUGGGAUCUUGCGCAGGUUUCCAUUCAUUAUACUGCAGAUGUGGAACCGCUGUCUGUUGAACAGCCGACAACUGCUCCGGUGGAUGGUAUUGACGCAGAUGGUGUUUCAAUUGGGAAACUUUUGAUGGACCCCACCCUCAUCUCGGGUCAUGAUCAUAGUGGAAAUGUUGAGCCUCAAGAACCGCUGUAUGUUGAAUACACAGCAAAUGCUCCGGUGGAUGGUAUUGUUAUCGGCGACGCAGAUCGUGUGGCAUUUGAGAAGCUGUUGAUGGACCCCACCCUCAUCUCGGUUCAUCAUAUUACUGGAGAACCCAAUACUAAUGAACAGAAUCUGGAGGAGCUAGAGUUUGAUCCAGCGCUCAUUGCGCUGGCUCACACCUAUUUAAUGGAAUCUGGGCAGGCACCACUCUCGAUGGAGGAAGACAACUGUCAGGGGGACAUGUUAGAUGAUGGCACUGAUGAUCAAGGGGAUGUCGCCCCCUCUGAAAAAUCUUCUUCCCAAUCGCGAACUGGGUUUAAACUGCUUCCGUUAAUCAUGUUUGCGGUGUUAUUGAUAAUUGCCGUGUUCAUGAUGAAAAGAUUUCUUGAUGGAUCAGUUGGCCAUACUUAUGGCAAUAAGUUUGCCCUGCCUCCUGCAUUCGAGGGGGCAGAAAAGUAUCAGCAAAAAUGUGGUGGCUUUUGGGGGAUGCCCUGCGAUGGAUAUUGGCAAGAAAUGAAGCCAAUUGCCGCUCAUCCUCAAUUGGCAGCAGGCGACGACGCUUGAUACUAUUAUGUGUGGCAUCCGACCAAAUAUGCAUUAGUUCUAUUUACUUGAAAAUCCUUUGCUAUAUACCCUUGUCUGUUUAGUACAGUAAAAGCAAAAUAAAUAUUUUUUAACGAGCCA